AUGAACGACUUUAAUCGUUGCAAUAAAGUUUCUGGAGUGCAUUGGCUAAAGAAACCUGUAGAAGACAUACAAAUCAAAAUAAAAUUAAAACCUAAAGAUGGUAUACUUUCACUACCGAAAUUCGAAGAUUACGCAAACGAGUCGAACAAUGUGACCCUAAAGCAACUCGAAACUGAAGUAGAAGAAUACAAUUUGAAAUGGCAAGAGAAAGUAUUUAGUGUAUGGGAGAUGCAACGCUACUCAGAUGCUCAUAAUUGUUUAACAGAUACUGAGUUAAACUACAACGAAAUGUUAAACAGUAGACAUUAUGAACACUCCAAGAUUUUUACCUACAUCCAUGAAGACUACCAUUUACCUUUGCCUGGAGAUUUAAAAAAAAUAAAUUCUAAACUAAAAGUUCCAAGUUUGAAUUUAUGUUUAGAAAGAUUGAGCCUGCAUGAAAAUGUGAGUAGAAUGUUUGGUGAAGAUACAAGUUCUUUGAGGCAUUUAUUUAGGAGUGAAGAGAAUAUUUGUGAGGGAAAGGAGCAAUGGAUUGCUAUGCAUGUUGUAUUUGAUAAUUCAGAAUAUAACAACGAUUCUCAGCUUCUGCUAAAGCAGGAAGCAAUGCUCCUAUCUCUCUUCUACAAUGCAGCACAAAAGUACUUAGUAAUAUCCCCAGAUAUAAAUAAUAUGGAACUAAAUCCUUACACAGUAGAGACUGCAAGUGGAUUGGUUUUGGGCUAUCAUUAUAGUAUUGAUGUUAGUUUUGAAGAAGGGGAAAGUGGGGGUGACCUCAUGAUACUGCUAAAUAACCUAUACAAGAAAUGGGAACGCAAACAUCGACAAGCACUGAAUUUCGCAAUGCCACCCCUAGGCAGAAAACAUUAUUACAUCACAACAGAAAUUGUCACUGCUAAAGGAUUUGACGGUGACAACUUAUAUAUAGAGUUCAAUAUAAACUUGCCAGAGAAUAUAAGUAGCAGUGAUACUUUACACGGUCGUACUCAUGUGAGUGCAGCAUUGAGAGAUGAUGAUGUAGACGAAUGGCACUUUGGACAUGUUGUUGAGUUGAAUUUGGAGGCGCCUGAUGGGUUAGAAACGUUACCCUUACAAGUGUUUUUCGAAGUUAUAUCGACUGAUUGGUGGGGCCGACACCGCACAGAAGGUUAUACCUAUCUUCCUCUAACACUUGACCCAGGGAAUUACACAAAGCAGCUGUCCUGUUCUAGACCCGAGGAACUGGAUGGAGUAGAAGCAGCGAAUCGAAGAUUCUUUGUUGGAGGAUGUCACUUGAUUAGAAAUUUGGACAUUUUAACUAAGGCACAAUUGCAGGACGUAAACUUCAAAUACACAACAACAGGGACACUCAUGAUCCGUUGGAACGUAAUAUCCCAAGCUCCUCUUCCUGGCUCCUCACGAAGCGCGCCAUUACCGAGUGUCAGUUCCGCAAAUGCGCUUUUGCUAGGUGCCGAAGCGGUAUUAAGGCAGUAUAAAAGAGCUAGAGCCAGAUUAGCAGCAGCCACGGAAGGGCUGCAUUGUGAUAAGGCUAAAGGUGAUGGGGUGCCAAGCGAUUAAAACAGUCAGCAAAAUAAAUUAUUUUCACCUCACUAGCUCGGAAAGGCCUUCUUUCUCAUUAGAAAUCUGCGCGCAAAAAUGUUUUUUUACGCGCUAGAUUAGAAAAGGUUUUUGAAAUUCGAACUUGAUGAUGGAUUGUGGUGCACGUAAUUUAUUCUUUCUAUGAAAAUGAAAAGUUGGUGUCCGUC